GGCUCGAGCGGGCGCCGCCUCGAGGGGCGGCCGGCGGGGGGGCGGCCAGCGGUCGGCCGCGGUCGGGGGCCGUCGGCGCCCCCGCGGCGCCGCCCGGGGGCGGCACAAGGCGGGCCGUGUUUGGCGGGGUCUCUGCCAUGAAGCUGAAGCGCUUCAUGCUCAUGUACGAGCCCCCCGGCAUCGGGCUGGAGGUGCAGGUGCUCGCGCUCAGGACGCGUUCCAGGACAGAUCCAGGGUCUGCAGUGAUGCACAAGGUGGCCGUGAUGUUCCCGGGUGCUUCCGAGCGGCACCGGCUCGGGUGGGCCCCCCUCGUGGUGCUAGUCGAAUUCCGUGUGGAUUCCUUCGCGGUCGGGGGCUCCAGCCCUGGCCAGGACGUCUACAGACUGGUGGACGACCUCAUCGCGUCGGAGACGCCUCUGCUGACGAGAAGAAGGCACCGCCCGGCCCUCGUCAAGCUCCUCGGCAGGCUCUACCAGGUGGAGGUGAGCGACGCUGACGCCGGCGACGAGGGCGCCGACACCAUGGGAAGAAAGGCCAGCCCGCCGGUCCCCACCCCGCAGCUGCAGGAGGGCUGUUCGGUGGUGUUCAUAGCGAUGCAGAACAAGCUGCGGGAGCACAACGGCGAGACGGGCACCAUCCAGAAGGUGUUUCCCGAGAAGGGCAAGUUUGAGGUCAUGCUCGCGUCGCAGGAGGUUCUGAAGGUGAAGGGCACGGAGAACAUGGUGCCCCUCGCGCCGCAGG